UCCCGAGGCCCGGCAGCAGAACAGAGACAAAAGUGCUUUCCAGCCCUGCUGCUUCCCAGCCUGCGCACUUGCCUCCUGCCGCGUGUGUCUCCUUCCCGGCCUGGGGCAGCGGCGGAUCUGUCGGACGUUCCUCGCUCUCCGCAGGGCCCAGGCGCCGGCUGUUCCGCGGCGGGCCAUCAUGGGCGACGGAGACCGGGUGGAGAUAGAUGGUGGCAUUAUGGAAGGGGGUGGCCAGAUCCUGCGAGUUUCCACAGCGCUAAGUUGCCUUCUUGGUAUACCUUUGUGUGUGAAAAAUAUCCGAGCUGGCAGGAGUCAGCCUGGCCUUAGGCCUCAGCAUCUGUCAGGACUGGAAAUGGUUCGAGCCUUGUGUGAUGGCCAGUUGGAAGGUGGACAGAUCGGAUCCACAGAAAUUACUUUCACGCCUGGGCAGAUCAAGGGGGGAACCCACACAGCAGACACCAAAACAGCCGGGAGUGUUUGCCUGUUGAUGCAGGUAGCGAUGCCCUGUGUGCUUUUUGCGGCCUCUCCUUCUGAACUUCAUUUGAAAGGUGGCACCAAUGCAGAGAUGGCUCCCCAGAUUGACUAUACCCUCAUGGUCUUCAAACCGAUGAUUGAGAAGUUCAAGUUGACGCUGGAAUGCAAUAUAAAAAGAAGGGGUUACUACCCCAGGGGCGGUGGUGAAGUGAUCGUCGGAAUGGCCCCCGUCAAACAGCUUAGUCCAAUUGAUUUAACUGAUCGUGGCACCGUGACCAAGAUACAUGGGAGAGCCUUUGUCGCUGGAACUUUGCCAGUCAAAUUAGCAAAUGACAUGGCUGCGGCGGCAGUACGUUGCAUCAGAAAGGAGAUUCGGGAUCUCAGUGUCAACAUCCAGGCCGUUCGAGAACCUGAUAAUGAGGCCUUUGGAAAUGGAAGUGGAAUCAUAAUAGUUGCAGAAACCUCCACCGGAUGUUUGCUGGCAGGAUCGUCACUUGGUAAAAGAGGUAAAAAUGCUGACAAGGUUGGAAUAGAAGCAGCAGAGAUGCUGCUUGGAAAUCUUCGGCACGGAGGAGCUGUGGAUGAUUUCUUGCAAGACCAGUUGAUCAUUUUCAUGGCUUUAGCAAACGGGAUCUCUAGAGUAAGGACUGGGCCCAUUACUCUUCAUACAGAAACAGCUAUACAUUUUGCAGAACAACUGACAAAGGCAAAAUUUACAGUGACAAAAUCAGAAGAUGGUUCCUCCAAGGAUGCCUACGUGAUUGAGUGCCAAGGGAUUGGGCUGCAAAACACCAACUUGUAGCUUCUGCUGUUGUGGGAGGCAUUUGCAUUGUUUGUUUGAAUAUUACCUCCAUCAUGAACUGCACUGCAUUUCAUGGACAUGUUUGGAAAAAGAUAGCACGAUUACUGAUUGGUUUGCAUUGAUUCCAGUGAAGGGUGACCGUUCUAAAUUGUGUGGCAAAUAGGAUGCUCCAUUUGUCUUCAGUGAUGCAACACACUUGGGCAGCUGUCCAGUUCAAAUACAGCAGGGCAGGACAACUAUCAGUACGGCCUUUAAAAAAUGACUUCACAUAAUUCAGUCAUUCUCUUGUUCCUUUUUGGGGGCCAGUGACCUAAGAAGCUACAACAUAGUAUGCACAAACAUGCAUUAGUCAGCCCCUGCCACCUAUUUCUUUCUGUAAUCAUUUGUUGCACAUAAUUUCAGACAAAACCAAUAAAGCAAUCUCUGCAAACAAA